ACACACCUUACGGGAGGGGGGGGUCCUCGGUCGCCUAGCGGUGACGUCACCGCGGAGCGCCUCCGAGAUUCAGGCGCUCUGGCGAGUCGUUUCCAUGUCGGCGCUGUGCUACGCGCGAGUGUUGUCGUGGUUCCCGCCGGGUUCGCUGCGCUAUGGCGGCCCCGUCCUUCUUGGGAGCUGGCGCGGAGGCGGGAGCCGAGCAGCCGCUCGUCUCGGCGCAGCGAGGGCCGCCUUCUUUGCUUCUUCGGGCGAGAACGAGGGCCUCCGCGCUCCGGACACUUCCUUGUUCGUGCCGCUGCCGGUGACCCCGUCGUUGUCGAGCCACGAAGGGGAUAUCGGAGCCGAGCUCACGCGCCCACUCGAUAAGAAUGAAGUUCUGAAGAUAUUAAAUACUUUUUACAAGACAAAAGAAAUACAAAGACUGGGGACAGAAAAUGGACUAGAUGCUCGUCUUUUUCAUCAAGCAUUUAUAAGUUUUAGGAGAUACAUUAUGAAUUCGAAGUCUUUGAGUGCUGACAUACAUAUUAUUCUAAACGAUAUAUGCUGUGGUGCAGGGCAUGUUAGCAAUCUAUUUCCAUUCUUCAUGAAACAUGCUAAACAGAUAUUCCCUAUGUUGGAGUGCAUGGAUGACUUGCGUAAAAUCAGUGAUUUAAGAUUACCACCCAACUGGUAUCCAGAAGCCAGGGCGAUCCACAGAAAGAUUGUGUUUCACGCUGGCCCUACUAAUAGUGGGAAAACUUAUCAUGCAAUCCAGAGAUACUUGACGGCAGAAUCAGGAAUAUACUGUGGGCCACUAAAGCUUCUGGCACAUGAAAUCUUCGAAAAGAGUAAUGCUGCUAAUGUGCCCUGUGACUUACUAACUGGGGAGGAGCGCAUCUGUGUUGAUCCAGAAGGCAAACCAGCUGCCCAUGCUGCUUGCACCAUUGAGAUGUGCAGUGUUACAACACCCUAUGAAGUGGCUGUGAUUGAUGAAAUUCAGAUGAUUAAAGAUUCUACUCGAGGCUGGGCCUGGACUCGAGCACUCUUGGGUCUCUGUGCAAAAGAAAUUCAUGUUUGUGGUGAAGGUGCUGCUAUUAACUUGGUAACAGAGCUCAUGUAUACAACAGGGGAGGAGGUUGAGGUGAGAAACUACAACAGACUCACGCCAAUUAAAGUGCUGGGUAAGGCACUUCAGUCUCUAGAUAACCUUCGCCCUGGAGAUUGCAUUGUCUGUUUCAGUAAGAAUGAUAUUUAUUCAAUAAGUCGGCAGAUUGAAAUACGGGGUUUGGAAUGUGCUGUCAUAUAUGGAAGCCUACCACCAGGAACAAAGCAUGCACAGGCAAAGAAAUUCAAUGAUCCUAAUGAUUCUUGUAAAAUCAUGGUUGCUACAGAUGCAAUUGGAAUGGGACUCAAUUUGAGCAUAAAAAGAAUCAUUUUUAACUCUCUAGUGAAGCCAUCUGUCAAUGAGAAGGGGGAAAAGGAAAUAGACACAAUUACAACUUCUCAGGCUCUACAAAUUUCAGGCAGAGCUGGAAGAUACGGCACUAUGUUUGAAGAAGGGGAAGUCACUACUAUGCAUCAAGAUGACCUUCCUUUAUUAAAGGAGCUCUUAAAAGCACCAGUUGAUCCCAUAGUGACUGCUGGCUUGCAUCCCACGGCUGAACAGAUUGAAAUGUUUGCGUAUCAUCUUCCGCAUGCCACUCUAUCAAAUCUAAUUGAUAUCUUUGUGAGUCUCUCUCAAGUUGACGGCUUGUACUUUGUUUGCAAGAUUGAGGACUUUAAAUUUAUAGCUGACAUGAUUCAACACAUUCCACUUAAUUUGAGGGUAAGGUAUGUGUUCUGCACUGCACCCCUCAAUAGAAAGCAGCCUUAUGUUUGCACCAUGCUGUUAAAGUUUGCAAGGCAGUUCAGUAAAAACGAACCUAUGACGCUUGACUGGCUGUUGAGGCAUAUUAAUUGGCCACUGGUUCCACCCAAGAACAUAAAAGACCUUAUACAUCUUGAAGCUGUUCAUGAUGUCCUUGAUCUCUAUCUUUGGCUAAGCUACCGUUUUAUGGACAUGUUCCCAGAUGCUACAUCUGUGAGAAACAUCCAGAAGGAGGUGGAUGACAUUAUACAAAUUGGGGUGCUUAAUAUUACCAGACUGAUCAGAGUUUCUCAAACUACUACAGGGACUGUAACUAUUCCAGAGGAUAUUACUCUUCAGAGGGACAGCAUUGGUGAUGUGAAGCUGGAUGCAGAAAAAUCUCCAAAGACUAAAACAGAGCUUUCCCGAAGUAAUUUGAAGGCCCCAGAGCAAUGGAGAGCGCGAGGGCCUAAGACAACCAGCUCUAGCCGUGCUGCAACACAAAUGGACAAAGAAAGUCAAAUCCAGGGCACUCUGGCUGAUAGACUAAUACAACAAGGACUCCUCUCCAAGAGUGUGCUGAAAAGGUUGGAGCAGGAGUGGCGUGCUCGUCACAACGGGGAUGCUGGUGAUGCUCCUCAAACCCCAUGUGCAAGCAGUGGGAAGAAGAGAAAGUAGAGCCAUGUCUUUGCCAAAUAAAAAUUAUUGCUUUUGUUUUGUCA